AUGAAUGAGGUUGGCCCUUUUUAUAGGUGGACACCGGCCCUCCACCCGACAAAUUCUCCACCGGGCAAUGCAUCCGGGGUCUUUUCCCCUCAUGGGGAUAAAGCGUGCAGAUGCUCUGUAGCUAUCCCGGUGUCCAACCUCGUUCCUCUCACUGUCAUCAAGGGCGCCGGCCACGAGUUUAUCCCCCUCCCCCAGGGCGAGAACGCAACCACUGCCGACUUCCACUCCAUUCGCACUAAGACCGAGUCCCCCGCACACUUCACCUCGGGAUUCUACAAGAUCGAGGCCGGUCCUGCUCGCCCCGCUCACUACACCUUCGAAGAGACCAAAUACGUCCUCAAUGGUCAAAUUGAUGUCUUGGAUGAGGCUACCGGUGUCACUCACCACCUGGUUCCCGGAGACUUCGCUUUCUUCCACGUCGGCUCUAAGGUUAAGUUCUCCACCAAGUCAUCAGGCUUCGCCUUCUACGCUGUGACUCGCCCUGUCCGCGCCCCCCACCCCAACCUCGUUGGCCGUGAGGAGGACAAGGCUCGUCUGUAA